UCAGGAUCUCUAGUCGCCUGUAGAAUCAUCGCUCGGCUCAGGCGGUACUGUCGAUCUAGGCGGCUCUCGAUCUAAGCUGUUAGUGGGAGACCGAGACUAAACCAUGGCGGAGAAGGCUCAGAAGAGUGUGAAAAUUGCUCCUGGAGCAGUUGUGUGUGUGGAAAGUGAAAUCCGAGGAGACGUGACAAUAGGACCUAGGACAGUGAUUCAUCCUAAAGCACGAAUCAUUGCGGAAGCCGGGCCAAUAGUAAUUGGCGAAGGUAACCUAAUAGAAGAGCAGGCACUUAUCAUAAAUGCUUACCCUGAUAAUAUCACUCCUGAUACUGAAGAUCCAGAACCCAAACCUAUGAUCAUUGGCACCAAUAAUGUGUUUGAAGUUGGCUGUUAUUCCCAAGCCAUGAAAAUGGGAGAUAAUAAUGUUAUUGAAUCAAAAGCCUAUGUAGGCAGAAAUGUAAUAUUGACAAGUGGUUGCAUCAUUGGGGCUUGUUGCAACCUGAAUACAUUUGAAGUCAUCCCUGAGAAUACCGUGAUCUAUGGUGCCGACUGUCUUCGUCGGGUGCAGACCGAGAGACCGCAGCCCCAGACACUACAGCUGGAUUUCCUAAUGAAAAUCUUGCCAAACUACCACCAUCUAAAGAAGACUAUGAAAGGGAGCUCAACUCCAGUUAAGAACUAAGGACAGCAUAUGAAAAGAUAACAUUUUGCCUUUGAUCACUGUCUUUUGGAAAGGCCACAGUGUUUAUGCACGCCUAGCAGUUUACAGAAUAAUACAUGUUGGCUUUAUUUUGUAAAAUUGAGUUAGAGAGGAACAUAAUGGGUUUUCAUCAUAACAGCCCUCUAUAAUUUAUAUAAAAUGUAUUAUUGUCGUAUAUCUUUGCUCUUUUCUGACAGUUUAUAGAUUUAAUUUAUUAUUAUUUUGUUGUAAAAUGUUGGCCACAAAUUGUAGUUACAUGGGUAACUAUGAUAAGGAUAGCCUAUGAUAAGAAAGGACCUAUUGUUAUGUACUUAUUCCAACAUGUACUAAACUAAAUAAAAUAUUGAUGACAGGG